AUGGUUGUCGCAACAAUCAAGUGCGUGGUGGUGGGCGACGGUGCCGUCGGCAAGACCUGCCUGCUGAUCAGCUACACAACGAACAAAUUCCCUUCGGAGUAUGUUCCGACUGUGUUUGACAACUAUGCCGUCACGGUUAUGAUCGGCGAUGAGCCUUACACUCUCGGUCUGUUCGAUACCGCCGGUCAAGAAGAUUACGAUCGCCUGCGCCCUCUGUCGUACCCGCAGACGGAUGUGUUCCUCGUCUGCUUUAGCGUCACAUCGCCUGCAUCGUUUGAGAACGUCCGCGAGAAGUGGUUCCCCGAGGUGCAUCACCACUGCCCCGGCGUGCCGUGCUUGAUUGUCGGCACACAGGUCGAUCUGCGGGACGACCCGAGCGUACGGGAGAAGCUGUCGAAGCAGAAGAUGGCCCCUGUACGGAAGGAGGACGGCGAGCGGAUGGCAAAGGACCUUGGUGCGGUCAAGUACGUCGAGUGCAGUGCCCUGACACAGUACAAGCUGAAGGAUGUUUUUGACGAGGUAUGA